GCCGCCCGCCCCCGGCGCCAGACUUCAGCCACCACCCCCGGGAGAGGACAGCCUGCCCUGAGCGCCCGUCCCGGGGCUCCCUGGGCCGGGCGGAUCCUGGGGAGCCCCCCGACUGCCUCCCAGAGCAGGGUGGGAAGAGGAUCCUAGCCCGCUGCCGCCUCCAAGUAGGCCUCCAGGGCUCAUCGGUACAUCACUUAAAGGUCCUUGCUCCUCAGUGAAGUCUGGCUGCCUUCACUGUGUGAGGGGACCACCCCCCAGCUCCGGAGAUCCCCUGUUCACCAGUGACCGGCACAUUCCCAAGGAGAGCCAACCCAGGGGACUACACUCUGGACUCCGGCGGCGGGAGAUGGGCGCCCUGCCUUCGCGACAGCGGCUGCCCGCGGACCCGCCCAUAGCCUUGGACGCGCUGCCCCCGGAGCUGCUCGUACAGGUGCUGAGCCACGUGCCACCGCGCGCGUUAGUGACGCGCUGCCGCCCAGUGUGCCGCGCCUGGCGCGACGUGGUGGACGGGCCCACCGUGUGGCUGCUACAGCUGGCCCGCGACCGCAGCGCGGAGGGCCGCGCACUCUAUGCGGUGGCCCAGCGCUGCCCGCCCAACAGCGAGGACGAGGAGGAGUUCCCGCUCUGCGCACUGGCGCGCUACUGCCUCCGUGCGCCCCUCGGCCGCAACCUCAUCUUCAAUUCGUGUGGAGAGCAGGGCUUCAGAGGCUGGGAGGUGGAGCAUGGCGGAAAUGGCUGGGCGGUGGAAAAGAACCUAACACUGGUGCCCGGCGCUCCUUCCCAGACCUGCUUCGUGACUUCUUUCGAAUGGUGCUUCAAGAGGCAGCUUGUGGACUUGGUGAUGGAGGGGAUGUGGCAGGAACUGCUGGACAGCGCCCAGAUAGAGAUCUGUGUGGCCGACUGGUGGGGCGCCCGGGAGAACUGUGGCUGCAUCUACCGACUCCGGGUCCGCCUCCUGGAUGUGUACGAAAACGAAGUGGUCAAGUUUUCGGCCUCGCCCAACCCAGUCCUUCAGUGGACUGAGAGAGGCUGCCGCCAGGUCUCCCACGUCUUCACCAACUUCGGCAAGGGAAUCCGCUAUGUGUCUUUUGAGCAGUAUGGGAGAGACACACGAUCCUGGGUGGGACACUACGGCGCCCUCGUGACCCACUCCAGCGUCAAGGUCAGGAUCCGCCUGUCCUAGCUAACCAGCCUGAUCUGGCCUCUGGGGACAUGCUGCCACCUGCCAGUCACUGAUGUCAAUCAAGUGCAGCUUUGCAGCCAGGAUCCAGAGGAUGCCAGGGGACAGUGGCGGUCCCACGUGGACUGUUGCUGGCACACCUCCAGGGAACCCCACUCUCUGCUGCUUCAGCAUAGUGACCCACAUGCUGUUCAAGAAACCAAGGAUCAAACCCAGCUGGCCACUGCUUCCCCAGCUUCUGGGGGUGGGGCUGCAGGGGGCAUCAAAGAAUAAUUUAGAGACCUGUACUUUACCUGCACAUUUUUUCUCAUGUGUGGAUAUCAGUUGAUAGACUGAGUCAAAAACAAAGGCCAGACCAGGAUUUCUAAUAGAGGGGGAAAGCUGCCGACAGUCUGGGCCAGUCACUCGUCAGCAUGUUUUGGGGGUAAGGCGAUUGCUGGCAGGGUGCAGAGGUCAAUCGGGGCAAUCUGUCCUUGAGGGGACCAACAGGGGCAUCAAAGGGAACUCUGUUGCUUUGGGGUUCAGCUGCAGGGCCGCACAACCUCCCCCAGCACUGCCCAUCAGCCCCUGGGUCCCAUGGCCAGUAAGUAGGGGAGGCCGGACUUGUACCACAAUUGGGUUCCAGGGCCUGGUGAUAAUAGCACAGCUCCCAAACCUUAAAAAUCUAACAUGGCCAAGCAGGGGAUGGCGUGAGGUCAGCAUUACCCUCAGUCCCAUUUUCCAAGGUAGGAAACUGCAGCCUGAACGGGGAACAAAUAUACCCAGAGUCAUAGAACAACGAAGAGGUGGAGUCAGGAUUUGAAGCCAAGUGUGUGUGUCUGAGAAUAACCGAGAAGAGUCACACACCCCAUCCAAUCCUUUCAACACCCUUUCCUUGCCAGCAUUACAAUUACUGCCACUUUUCUGAUGAGGAAGCCUGACAGCGGGGCCUUCUUGCCCAGGCCCUCCCUCUGCCUGCAGGAAGGGGAACUGGGCCUCGGUGCUGCCCACCUGAACAGAGUAGCCAUCGCACGUGUUAAUGCACAUAAAACGUCUAGUUUACUCUUCAUCAAAUUCAACAAAGGGGAUACUGCAGGUGGGACUGUUUUUCCUGGAGGAGGAAACUGAGGCCAGAGGGGAUGUCAGUUGCCAAGACCACACGGAGAACGAAUACCAUACAAGGAGGGUCCAGUCGCAACCAUGGGGGUGGUCUGUUUAUUAGAACCCCUCGCCAGCAGAUGGCAAUAAAGCGUCUUGUCCAAGGGUGUUGGGAGAGGGGCGCCUUUUUCUGAUUCACACCCAAGACCACUAUGGGUUAAGGGUGGCUCUGAGGGAAGAGGUGGCCGAGGUUUGAGCCAGGACCGGCUACUUCUAGAGCUGGGCCAGCUCCCCGAGGAUGCUGCCGUUCUGCGUGAACACCCACCCGCCGUGUCCCUCGCAGUCACUUCUUCUUCUGCACGUGGCCGCAGUCGUACUUGCCGCGCACGAUAGUGAGCUUGACGCCGGGCAGGUCCUGCGUGCGGCCGCCCUGCACCAGCACGACGUGGUGCUCCUGCAGGUUGUGGCCCUCUCCCGGGAUGAAGCAGACGGCCUCACGGCCCGUGCUGAGCCGCACGCGGCAGCACUUGCGGUUGGCCGAGUUGGGCUUCUUGGGCUUGCGGAUGAACGUGCGCAGGACCACGCCCUUCAGCUGCGGACGGCCCUCCGUGGGGCCCAAUUUCCGAGGCGGAAACUUCGGAGGCCCCUUGCGGUGUAUCUGGUUCAGGGUGGCCAUGGGGCGCGUGGCCCAGGUCUGGGGGACCAGGGCUAGUCCUGGAGAGACACAACCGGAGAGCAGAGUGGGGUCCGUUAUCCCAGUGAAUAGAUAAUAGCAUCAGCCACUCCGUUUUGGUGUUCUGCGGACCGGUGCAGGCACAUCGCGAGGAUGCAUGUGUGUACAUCUAGCGGUACUCACGGGUAAGAGUAAUAACAGUUCCCUCACGUGUCAGGUUCUAUUUUAAGCAUUUUACAUGGAUUAACUCAUUUUAUUCUGCAGAGAACAUUUAUUUAUUUUAAUGUUAUUUAAACAUAAUAAACACAAACAGGCUCACA